CACGAGGCGACCCGAGAGCCGUAGUGCCGAGAUCCAGGGGCUGCCUGCCUGUGUCUGGGAUUCUGCCUUUGGAAUAGCUGUUCACUGGGCUGCAAGGGUUCAGUUGAGCUCAGCUCGGCCGUGUGAAAUAUGGGCGACGACAGGCCGUUCGUGUGCGGUGCCCCGGGCUGCGGACAGAGGUUCACAAACGAGGACCACCUGGCGGUUCAUAAACACAAGCAUGAGAUGACAUUGAAAUUCGGCCCCGCUCGCACCGACUCCGUCAUCAUCGCAGAUCAGACUCCGACCCCGACUCGGUUCCUGAAGAACUGUGAGGAGGUGGGACUCUUCAAUGAGCUGGCGAGUUCCUUCGAGCACGAGUUCAAGAAAGCUGCUGAGGAUGAUGAGAAAAAGAGCGCCGGAGCCCUGGACAUGUCCCUGCCCUCCACUCCCGAGAUCAAGAUCAAGGAGGAGGAGCCGGUGGAGGUGGACUCGUCCCCCCCAGACAGCCCCGUGUCCCACCCACGGUCACCCCAGCACAAGGAGAAGGAGAUCCCCUCCAAGCCUGUCAUCCUCUCCACGCCCACUCCCACCAUCGUGCGCCCCGGCUCGCUGCCCCUGCACCUGGGCUACGACCCCCUGCACCCCACAUUGCCAUCCCCCACCUCCGUCAUCACCCAGGCCCCUCCCUCCAACAGACAGCUGGGGUCUCCCACAGGUUCCCUCCCACUCGUCGUGCAGCUUGCGAACGGCCAGACCGUGCCCGUGCUCCCCGGCCCCCCCGUCCAGAUGCCUUCUGUCAUAUCGCUGGCUCGGCCGAUGUCCAUGGUGCCGAACAUUCCCGGUAUUCCUGGGCCUCCCAUCAACAGCAGCGGGUCCAUUUCCCCGUCAGGACUCCCAGUGCACUCUGAAGCCAAAAUGAGGCUGAAGGCCAGCCUGACGGCCUCCUCCUCGCUGAACGGCAGCAACCUGGUGGUGGGCUCAGCCAGCACGAUGGUGACGGCGCGUCCGGAGCAGAGCCAGAUCCUUGUCCAGCACCCCGACGCCCCUUCCCCGGCUCAGCCACAGGUGUCCCCUGCCCAGCCCACCCCCAGCACGGGCGGGCGCCGCAAGCGCACGGUGGACGAGGAUCCGGACGAGCGCCGGCAGCGGUUCCUGGAGCGGAACCGGGCGGCCGCCUCCCGCUGCCGGCAGAAACGCAAGCUCUGGGUGUCCUCCCUGGAGAAGAAAGCCGAGGAACUCACCACCCAGAACAUCCAGCUGAGCAAUGAAGUGACGCUGCUGAGGAACGAGGUGGCUCAGCUCAAGCAGCUGCUGCUGGCCCACAAGGACUGUCCUGUCACGGCGCUGCAGAAGAAGACACAGGGCUACCUGGAGAGCCCGAAGGAGAGCUCGGAGCCCACGGGCUCCCCCGCGCCCGUCAUCCAGCACAGCUCCGCGUCGGCCGCCCCGAACGGGCUCAGCGUGCGCUCGGCGGCCGAGGCCGUGGCCACCUCGGUGCUGACGCAGAUGGCCGGGCAAAGGACAGAGCUGGGCCUGCCCUCCCACGUCAUCAUGGCCCCACAGUCCCAGUCUGCCGGCAGAUGAUGGCCCGGAGGCGAGCACAGACUGACCACGGCCCUGGUCCUGCCCAGGGCGGGCCCACGAGGAUUUUCGUUUCUUUUUUUGGGGUUUUUUUUUGUUUUGUUGUUUGUUUUUUUUUUUUUUCUGAGUUAAGGGCAGCUCUGGCGCUUUCCCACUGCACAGCCUGUACAGUGCCCUCAGUCCCUCAGCUGGCACUGGGCAGAGCCCCCCCAGCUCCCAGAGCCCCCUCUGAGGAGCCCCCGGAAAGGUGGGCUGGCAGGGAUCCGUCACGGUAACACUAAACCUCCGUGCCUGGGGAUCCCCUUGGCACAGUCCCUGCUCCAAGCCCCCCCUCCCUGCCCCCUGCCCUCAGCAGAGGGUCUCAGGGGGGCUCUGACACUCAGUGCUGCUCCCAGGCGUCUGCUCAUCCCUGCUCCCGCUCCCUGAAACGUUGCACCUUGGCACAGGAGCCUCCUGGAGCUCUGAGCUUGCAGGGAUUGAGGUCGGUCUCCUCACUCCCGAGUUCCAGUGGUGGAUCUUGGACACGACGGGAGUGUGGCCGCUGUAAAUUUGGCUGGGAGAAGGGGACACGUGUUCCCGGUCACCGGUGCCACGCCGGGAGCUGCGGGUGCUCAGGUGCUGCUCCCACGCCGGGUGCUGGGAAAGGUACGGCCUGUCCAGGCAGCCACGGGGCUGCUCCCGUCUUCCCUAUGGCAAACCAGUGCUGGUGGGCAUCCACAGGGACCGGGCACUCUGGGAUUCAGGGAAGGACCCAGCAGGCAGCGACGUGUGAGUCCCCAAAUCCGGCAUCCCGCACACCUGAGCGAACCCAUCCCUCCGUUCCCAGGGAUCAUCUCCCACACACGUGACCUCGAUGACCUUAAUAAUGGUGGCCUUAAAUCGUGGAUUAGUUGCCUGUUCUGAGGGGAGGGAGCAGGGGAUGGUGUCUCUGCCUCUUCCUCACGAUGAUGUUCUGCUCGCGGUGAUGGAGCAUCCGUUGCUUCCCAGCCAGAGCAAACAAAGGAUUCAUGGAGCUUCCAGUUCAUAGGGCAGGUUAGGAACCCACCCUCCGUGUUGGGAGACUCUUGGAAUUGGGUCUGUUUUCCUGCCAGGUGGGCCUUGGGCACGUGUGUGUCCAUGUGUGUCCUUCUGUGCUUCCCAAGGUGCCGAUUGGAGCCGGUAGUUUGGAAAUGGGAAGGGGUUUCACGUGUGUUCAGGCUCUUGGAAGGAAUCUCGUCAUGGUCCAUGGAGCUGCAUCAGCCCUUGGUCUUCCUCCCCUUCCCAGGUUCCUCCUCAGCCAAGCCCUCCUCCCCCUCAGGUCGCACUUUGCCACUUUGGAGCCAAGUUGGUUUGUCCAAGUGAUUUUUGUUUGGCUUCCCCAGACUUGGAAGGUUUCCAGGGACAGCAAAACCCAAAGCAAAGGCUGAGCAGGAAACCUGGGAUCUCGUCACGGACAGGGGAGUCCAGUGGUUUGGGUUUUUCCAUGGAUGGGAUCUGUCUUCUCCCCCUCCCUCUUUCCCAAGUCUUCCGCACCUCUACGGCCGCACCGACCACUCGUGGCCUGGGGUUGGUUUGUGUUGCUGCUCCUGCACUUCCCCUCUGUUCUCGUGCUCAUCCCAACUCCUGUCUGCAAUUGGGGUCACAUCCAGCCUCUGGUUUGGAUCCCACACAUCCCCCCAGACCCGCCUUUCCCUCCUGUAAAGCUGUUCCUGCACAGUCCUGGGUUCACAGAUGUUUCCAGCAUUCCCAGUCCCAACCCAGGACAUGACCAGGCCGUAGUGGAUCAAGGGUUGGACUUGAUGAUCUCGGAGAUCCCUUCCAACCCAGCUGAUUCUGUGAUUCUAUGAUUCUAAGGGUUUGGGGCUGGGUGAGGCACAACAGGGGGUCAGGCCUGUUUGGGGGGGAUCAGGACCUAAGGCCAAGGGUUUGCAGGAGGUGCAGGUCUCAUCCCAUGGCGUGGAGGGAUUGGUGCUGUCUGGCAACUCCUCCUGGGCCAUUCCAGCACUCAGCUCUGCAGGAAAACCUGUCCCUCCAGGAAAAGUGUUGGUGGAAAGGGGAAGGAAUUGAGCUCUGGGCUGGUCCCACUGCUGGUUCCCUGUUUGCUGUGGGGUCUGGGGGGAAGGAGAGAUGAAGGCCAGUGGGGGCUUCACUGGCAGGAUCAGGAGUGAGCAAAGGGUGGUGAGGUGGAAAAGCUGGGACAGUGUUUGGAUCAAAGGCAGCAGCUUCCCCAGCCCCUUGUUUUACCCUCGGGGAGUAAAAGUGGCCGGAUUCUGUGUGAUGGCAGAGCCAAGCCUGCAGCCCACAAAGGGCUUUUCCUGCCUCACCACUCCAGGGAAUCCUGGUGGCCCCACUGGGAUGGGGGUGCAGGAGCAGCUUUUCUCCCUCUCCCUCCAUGCCCCGAUGCCCAUUCCCACAUCUCCCAUCGCCAGCGCUUUAGUGCCUUGAAAAUUCUGCAAAUCCAGGAAAAGGCGAUUGGAAAGCUCCAAACCUGGGCAGGGACAAGCAGGGAACAAGGAUUUGGCCAUACCUGGACUUAUUAUUGCUUCAGUCACAGGGUUGGAGCUCCCUGUGCCCAUUUCAUGUGUGUUUUACCUCAAAGGCUGCCCUGGAAGCAGAUCCCAGAGCGGGCUCAGGUCCCGUUUCUCGUGCUGGGAUGGAGUUGGAUGGUGCAAAGCAGGAAUCCACAGGGAUCCAGCCUCAGGAGGAUCCUCUGCUCCCAUCCAGGUGAUGGGUGAUGUCCCAGGAGUCACUUUGGGGCACAGGGGUGAUGCUCGUCCCUCACUGGGGUCAAUUCCCUCCCCAGGCUGGCGUGGUGCUGGCGAUGGAUGUGCAGGGGGUUGGGGGUUUUUUGGGUGGGAAGUUGGAUUUUCUGUCGGGUUGGUGGUGCUGGAUCCCCUUCUGAGGACAGGGGGGAUGAAAGUGGCUUUUUCUCCUCCUCCUCCCCAUGCUGGUUCAACUCUUUUCUGAAGACUUUGCAGCUGCCUUUGGGGCAAAACAACCUGAUUUCUGCUCUGUGGUGAUUUCUCCUGCUUUUCCAAGGCUCCCGGGGGGUGGCAGCCCCCGGGCCCGCUCGGCAGUGCCGGGCACCUGCACUUUGCUCUCCUGGAACCCUGGGGUGUCCCAGGGCUUCCACCUGCCUGCCCCCAACCCCAUCCCGUGUUUGGGUCCCCAGGAUCUCCAUCCCUCUGCCAGGGCCUGAAAUGGGGGGAGGGUGACACGGGGGCUCCUCAUGGGAGCCCUGCAGGGUUGAAAGGGCUCCUUUGUGUUGGGGUCGAGUUGGGGUGAGCCCAGACAGCAGGACUGGCCCGUGGGAGUCGAGUUUUACCGAUUUUUAUCGUAACGGUAACACUGAAUAGGAACAAAUGGCUCAAAACCACGACCCGGGGGAGUUCGUGAUGAGGGAGCUCCUGCUCCUUCCCUCCUUUCCCUCUGGCAGAGAUGAAAAUUCUCCUCGUUGGCUUCCGAGUCCCUCAGGACCGGGCGGGUGGGAAGGGUUGGUGCCGCUUUUUCCCCUCACCGAGACUGGUCCCUGGUUCGGGAAUUCGGAUGGGAAAUGGGAUGGGAGAUGUGCCAUUUUCGGACCCGUGGACCCGUUUCUGUUCGGUUCCCCCCGCCCAGUUCCGUGCACACGGGGGGGGCUCUGGCAGCGACGAUGCCCCAAAUCGAGCCCAGGAGGCGACAGAGGGACGCGGGAGGAGGGUCCUGGGCGUUCCCCCCACCCCCUGCCCCCACCCAGCUGCUUUUGUACCACGAGCUUUGACGAUCAAUAAUGGAAGAAGCCAAAAAAAAAAGGACCUCCCCCCCCGCCCCGAGAAGCGUAACCGUGUAGUAUCUAUCAGUCCAUAUCGACGCGUAUAUGCACCCAUAUAUCGUAGAUCGGCCGCCGCCGCGGGGCAGCUCCUUUUUAGCUGAAACCCACCCCCCUCCGCAGCCCCCGAGGGACCCCCCCUCCGCACGGGCUCCUGUGAGCGGGUCCUCACAGCCCCCGCGGGGGCCCGGGGACGCGGGGGGGACCCGGGGGGACACGCCCCAAGCCCCCCCCCACAACCCCCUCGGCCGUGUCGUACCAAACAUGUAAC